AACAGAGCAGUAAAUGUUUCAAGUUCUUUGGUGUGAAGGACGAAAACAAACUUGCCUGGACAGACGCUCGUGAUGCUUGUAAAAAAGUGGGUACGAAUGGUGACUUGGCGAGUGUUAGUAGUGAGAUCGAACAACUUCUCUUGAGUACCAUGUUGACGAACAAACGGUUUAAUGUGUGGAUUGGACUUAGCAGGCUAAGUUCAACUGGACUGCUCACUCGGACUUUUGGCUGGACUGACAACACACGUAUUUUCUAUGUGAACUGGGCCCCUGGCAGCCCUAGUUCAUUUUGGAAACGAUGUGUUACAAUGUUAGGAUCACCUGUGCGAGCUGGACGAUGGAUCGAUAGUUCUUGCUCUGAAAAACAAGGUUACGUCUGCCAACAGCCUAAAGACAAGAAGCUUCCUGAACAAGAUAUAAAUUACAAUUGUAAUGGAUCCUUAACAAACUAUGUGUCCUACGAUAACGGCUGUUACCAAGUGUUUGAUGAAUUAAAUAGUAAGAAGACCUGGAAAGAUGCUGAAGAUUACUGUCGUAAAGUGAAAGGUCACCUGGCAUCAGUCAUGAACCCUUAUGAACAAGCUUUCCUUCAUUUGCUUCUGAAAAAAUCGAGGAGCAAAGUGUGGAUAGGCUUUGGAUCCAAAAUUGUGAGUUUCCAUCUUUAG